AUGUCGGUUGAUAAGACUAAAAUGAACUUCUUGGACAUAAUGGUGAUAAAAGAAGAGGACCACCUGAAAACUGACUUAUAUCGUAAACCCACCGACAAAAACUCUUUGCUUCAUGAAAAAGAGGAUAUAAGGAGCCUUGGAUCCAGGAGGCUGUGUCACGUUUUAGCAACAUGUCUCAAACGGAAUGCCUCACCAACACCAGACCAAGGCAGCGAACAGGGGGUGAUCUGUGCCAUACAAUACUCACCUGUUGCCAAGGAUAUCACCAAGACAAUUAAACAACAUUGGCACAUUAUUGACUCAGACCCAACCCUGAAGGACAUUUUUAUCAAACCUCCUAGGGUGGUCUAUAAAAGACCUCCCAAUCUGCGCAACAUGCUGGUGAGAGCUGAUCUCCCUCCUCCUCCUCCCCCCUCACAUUUCCUGGGCUCAAUAGCUUCUGGGAAUUACCCUUGUGGUCGCUGCCAACAAUGCCACUUUACACAAAAAACUGUUUCUUUUAACCACCCACAUACAGGUAAAAAAUAUAACGUUAAAGGUAUUAUUACAUGUUCCACAACCAAUGUCAUUUACAUGUUAAAAUGUCCAUGUGGACUAGCAUACAUCGGUAAGACCACCAGAGCUUUAAAGACUAGAAUAGCCGAACAUCGCAGCACCAUUAGGAAUGAAGUUACCUCGAGCCCAGUGGCGGUACAUUUCUCUGCAGCAAGACACAACAUUUCUACCCUCAGAUAUGUGGGUAUUGAAACAUUGAAAUGUCCACGGAGAGGGGGUGAUAUUAACUCUUUAUUAUUGAAGGGGAAGCAUUUUGGAUACAUACAUUGGUCUGCACUCCAAGUCUGUCAGUUCUCCUUUGAGAAACCAGGAGGUGAAAAGGGGGAGGGCGACAAAGAUGGAGAGAGAGAACAAGAGAGGGAGAUGGAGGAUGAUGGCUCUCAGAAUGGAGCCUUGCUGUCAGGACGUGUUUUCACCAGGAUGGGUUAA